AUGCUUGUUCUUCGCACUCCAUUCGACAGUCUCUUCGAGGAUUUCGACCGAAUCACGGUGCCGUAUUGGAGAAACGCCGAUCAUUCGUGCUUCAACUUCUCGAAUCCCAUCGGAGAGAUUGUCAACAACGAUCAGAAAUUCGGAAUGCAGAUCGACGUGUCGCACUUCAAGCCGGAGAACCUUAAAGUCAACAUCAAUGGCAAUGAGUUGACGGUGGAAGGCGAGCAGGAAGUGAAACACGAGCACGGCUACAGCAAGAGAUCAUUCCACCGAAUGGUCCGUUUGCCGGACGACGUCGAUCCGUCAGCCAUGACUUCUUCGCUUUCCAACGACGGCCAUCUGACGCUCAGUGCGCCGAAGAAGCGGGCCAUCGAGAACAAAUCUCGACCGAUUCCGAUCAACUUCAAGAAAUCAAAGUAA